GUGAAUUGAAAAAUGCUAGAUAUGGGCCUGGGUAUUUUGCUAAUUGAGUCAUCAUUUCGGCGUGGAUUGUAUUCUAUAAGCUAGUCCCGCAGCUCAUUUAAAGAAUGUGUUCAGCUUGAUUGCGUUUUUCUCAUGUCUCAUUCGUAAACAGCAGAGUACCCCGGGAUUUUGCUUUCUGUUUAUUUUUCAUCGGGUAUUGCUUUUUGUCCUGCAUAUUUGUUUCGUUGGGGACGUCUUUCAUUUUGGUUUCUCAUCAUCUUAUUUGUAUCUGGUAGUAUAUAUGGGAUAUCUUUUCCGAGAGCCCGCAGCAUGCAUAGCAGCAUUUUCUCACCUUAAACAACAAAGUCAAUCUAGCCACAUUCAUUUGUGGUAAACAUUAACCGCGGAUUUUUUUAUGUGGAGUACUAAUGGUCUGUUCCAAAAAAUAAAAAGAACUAUAUAAAUAUUCGAAUAGUGGAAUUGGAAAAGUGUAUACUAAAGUAUGAUGGAGCAAGUAAACAGCACUCGAUAUGGAGACACCGAGUGGGAGGCUCGCGAAUCUCAGCGACAGCGCGAGUUGGAAGAAGCUCGAGCUCGGGCAGCUCAAAUGGAGAAAACCAUGAAGUGGUGGUCAGAUUGUACUGCAAACUGGCGUGAAAAAUGGAGUAAGGUGCGCAAUGAACGCAACAAAGCUAGAGAAGAAGCUAAACAAUUAAGAUCAAGCUUGGAAAUGGCAAUGAAGGAGGCUAACUCUUACAAACGCGAGAAAAAUGAUCUGGAAAUUCAAAUCUCUCAGCUUAAGAAAGAAAUGGAGAAGGUGCACUCGCUUAUGAUGAAGCAUGCAGGACAAUUUCAUAAGACCGGGGUGGCUGACACAGGUGAAGAAGCUGAAGGGAAUGUACGAGAUACUAACAAUUCGCCAGACAUGUCUUCCGAUGGUCUGAAAAAUGUUAAUAGCGAAGAUGGUUUGGUUACGAAAUCUGCUGGAGGCGAUUUGAAAGAUCUGGACAUCGAAGAAUUUAUUUUGAAGGGGGCAAUGCCGAAAAACUUAACAGAUAUGGAUGAAGUUUCUGCCGAAGAAAAACGCUUAAUUCAACAACUAUCUAAGGAUGAAUUUGACGAAGAUUAUUUGCUACAAAAAAUUUCUAUGUUGCAGUUGCGCCUUGAUGAAGCCCAGAAAACAGUUCAAGCGGAAAGAGACGAAAAGCAUAUUUUACAUAAAAGUAUUGAAAAGCUUACGUUGGAAAUACAGGAGGUACGAGAUCGCCAAGAAGAGUUGAGAACAGCUAAACAGGAAGCUGUUCGAGAAUUGCUAACUCUGCAAGAAUCUCACAGAGCCGAAAUGCGUAUUAUUAACAAUUCAUUGGUCGAAGAGGUAUCAUCUCGUGAAAAUCUUGAAAGACGCUUGGGAGAGUUACGCACAGAAUUGGAAAGACUUCAAGCAGAAAAUGCAUCAGAGUGGGGUAAACGUGAACGCUUGGAAACUGAGAAACUAGGACUGGAAAGGGAUAACAAAAAAUUGCGUAGUGAAAUCCGUGACUUGCAAGAUCGAUCUGAUCGAAAGGGUCGUCCAUUGCCAGCUACAGAUGUUGAAGUUCGGGCUUUACAACAAGAAUUGUCUGAAAAAACAAAGGAAUUAAGUGAAAUGAAAAUAUCACAUUCCAAGUUAAAAAAAUUACUAGCUGAGACUAAUACUGAGUUGGGCCAUGCUGUGAGACGAGCUGAACAAUAUGAAGCUGAGGUUAAACGUUUACGACAACGCGUUGAAGAGCUAAAACGCGAAUUGGCGUCAGCCGAAGAUGAAUUGGAUUCUGCUGUUAAUCAAGUGCGCCGUUUACAAAGAUCGAAUGAUGAGCUGGUUGGACAAAAUGAAGGUUUACAGGUUCAAAUACAACACUUACAAACAAGGCGUUUGCCCAGUCCUCAGUUACGCGGUGGAGGGAGCUAUAAUGGGGUUCAGUUACGUAGUAAAAUUGCUGUUGAAAUACCAAGCGAUUGCCUACCAAAUAUUAAUGAUUUGCGACAAAUAUUCGACGAUGGACCAGCACAGAGUAAUGUUGUGGGUCUGCGUCAUUCUACGGGUGGUGCCAAUGAGGCAUCAUCAGCGAAACGUUCCAGUCACACUGAACGUACUCUGCUGCAACAGCAACAAUCGAGUAAUUUUUUUGAUGCUAAAACAUCACACGUUGAGGAGAAUAUAUUUGAGUCGAAAAGUCGUAAUUUGGAAUUUGAAAGGGCAAAACAGAAAUUUGAUAAUCCAUCGCAUUUGCAUCACCAACAUCAUCACCGCCAGCGCGAACAACGUGACCGGUCAUCUGGAAGGCAUGGUGGACAAUCCACUACCAAUAGCAAUGCUUCUAAUUCAAAUACCAGUGCUCCAAAUAAUCGAGCCAAUUUAGUAUUGCCAUUGAAAUCUAGCACAGCUAUUGGAGGCAACAGCAUGGGUAGUUCAAAUUCUCCGAAUCUGAAUACGAACUCAUCAAAUCUCUCAAAAGACGACAUAAAUCGUCAAUUAUUUGAGGAUCAUUCACGUUCUUCGACGGUUGGUGGUAGCGGUAUUGGUGGUGGAAAUGCUGAUUCCAAAUUGUAUGCCAAAGAAAACACAAACUCGGCUCCAUCUGGGAAUUAUUCCAGAAACAGUAUAAAUCUAGAUGGGCUUAAGGUAUCGGACGACGAGACUCCGUAAUUAUGGAUCAACAAGUUUAUUACUCGACGAAGAAACAGAAGGAAACAGUGAAUAAAGCUACUUAGAAGCAUAAGAACGUGCUAAAAUGGAUCAUAAAUUGCACUAACCAUUCCUUAACCGAGGGGUGUAAUCAUUCUAUUACAUAUUCAGAAAUAUGAGUAAACAGCUAUUAAGUAUUAUUUUAAUGACCACGACAACUACCGAAUACGUUUCCUUAUCUACCUUUAAGUAUUACAAAAUUAGUUUGUAAAUCGUAACAUUUCCAUUUGACAUAAAAGAAAACUGUAUGCAUUUUAUUUACCAUUAAUCAUUUGAAACUCAUUACAUCCUAUUCUAAUUUAUUGAUUACGAUUCACACAAUUAUAAAUACAUUAUACAACUGCAAUUUACAUUAAAAUAAACAUAUUAAAAAUAUGUGUGUAUUGGAACCAAUUCGAAUUAUGAAUAUACAAUAAAAUAUUAACUAUCCA